CGCGUCGACGCGCUGCUUUCUGAACUUUUUCCUCUUAAAACCCAACAGACAGUUUUUUAGCUGUCGCCGCAUUUGCAGUCCGAUUCAUCAAAAGCCUAACAUUUCACCACUCUGAUCAUCAAUAUGGCGGCUUUUGAGAAUUUUGAUAAUAUCUUCCUGGAUCUCUCCAAGGAGUCCGGCAAGUGCAGAUUCGCCGAGAACGGUCUGGGCUGGAAACCCUCAGCAGGCGGCAACACAUUCACUCUCGAUCGCGGCGAUAUCGCUUAUGCGCAAUGGAGUCGAGCCGCGAAAGGCUACGAAGUCAAAAUUCUGAAGCGAUCUUCAGAGCUCGUUCACCUUGAUGGUUUUCAACAGGAAGACCUAGAGCGCUUGAGCAAGAUCUUCAAGAAUUGGUACAGCAUAAAUCUUGACCCGAAGGAGCACGCACUACGAGGCUGGAAUUGGGGAAAGACAGAAUUUAGCAAGGCCGAACUCGUAUUUAACGUCCAGAACAAGCCCUCAUUCGAGAUCCCAUACUCCGAAAUUUCCAACACCAACCUUGCUGGUCGCAACGAAGUCGCCGUCGAGUUUGCCGCUUCGAAUGAAGAUGAUACAGGCACAAAUGGACACUUGGGUGGUGCGCGAGGUCGUGGAAAGAAGUCUGGCGCGGGCAAAGAUCAGCUUGUAGAAAUGCGUUUUUACAUUCCCGGUACAACCACUCGUAAAGAGACGGAAGGAGAAGAAGCGGGAAGCGGCGCAGAAGAGGAGAAGAAUGCCGCGACUCUAUUUUAUGAGACUCUUAUGGACAAGGCCGAGAUUGGUGAGACUGCAGGCGAUGCGAUCGCUACGUUCUUGGAAGUCUUGCACCUUACACCACGUGGUCGUUUCGAUAUCGAUAUGUACGAGGCGUCUUUCCGCCUCCGUGGUAAGACUUACGAUUACAAGAUUCAGUACGAGGCUAUCAAGAAGUUUAUGGUCCUUCCGAAGCCAGACGAACUACACUUUAUGUUGUGUAUAGGACUCGACCCACCCCUGCGCCAGGGACAAACGAGAUAUCCGUUCAUCGUUAUGCAAGCCAAGAAGGACGAGGAAGUGACUAUUGAUCUCAACCUCACCGAAGAGCAGCUAAAUGAGCAGUACAAGGACCGCUUACAACCACACUACGAACAACCAUUACACCAGGUCAUUACCUACAUUUUCAAGGGUCUUGCCAACAAGAAGAUCACUUCCCCGGCCAAGGAUUUCAUGACGCACCGAAAUCAAUUCGGUAUCAAGUGCUCCAUCAAGGCGGCCGAAGGAUUCUUGUACUGUCUCGAAAAGGCUUUCAUGUUCGUGCCAAAGCCUGCGACCUACGUAUCCUACGAUCAAACAUCCUCAAUUGUUUUCUCCCGUGUUAGCGGCGCAGUCUCCGCGUUGUCGACUUUUGAUAUCGCAGUUCAUAUGAAGAGCGGCGGGCCGUCACAUCAGUUCAGCAACAUUAACAGGGAAGAUCUGAAGGCGCUCGAAAGUUUCUUCAAAUUGAAGGGUCUACGCGUUAAGAACGAGAUCGACGAAGACGCCAAUCUACUAGCUGCAGCCCUCCGCGAGGAAGCCAUGGACGAAUCUGAAGAGGAGGUAGUCGGCGCCAGAGCGGAUCGCGGUUCAGCUGACGAGGAUGAAGAGAGCGUCGACGAAGAUUUCCAGGCCGAAAGUGAAAGUGAUGUGGCCGAGGAAUACGAUUCGGCUCACGAAUCGUCCGGUUCUGGAAGUGGAGAGAGUGAUGUUGAUGGUGGACAGGAUGAAGAUGGGGACGAGGAAAUGGCUGACGAGGAAGAAGUGGAGAAGAAGCCCAAGGCAAAGAAGCAGAAAACCGCAAAAUAAGGGGGUGUUCUCUCCCUUCCCUCUGUCUAACCGUCAUGGCAUAGACUUAAGUUUUCAUCGUCAUUGAAAUGGUUUAAGGGAUUUCAGGGUCCGGUGGCAAAGGCGUUACGGUGGCUAUGCUAAUUCCUUUUCACCUCGCGGAUUGCGCGAAUUCAGAGUCGAGCAGGAGUCGAGCAAAUCGAUUCAUUUGAGCACCUGGGGAAUGAGUGAAGACAUUGUGGAUAAUACCUAACGCAAGAGGUGCGUGUUUCUAGGCGAAUACUUUGUUAUCUAGCAUCAUGGAACAAUUAAUGCUAUGUUAGGAUUUGCGAUGCCCUUAUUAAUAGGUACUAUUGCGCAUAAACAUUACGGAUUUCAAAGCUCCUAAAACUUUCAAGAUUGCGAUCCUACCAACUAGGUUGGCCCGAAUAUUGUGUCAGUU